GCAAAGGCGAGGUGGAGCUCUACGACUACUUCUACCCCUUCUCGCCGCCGCCGGAUGAAUCUCGCCCGGAGUUGAAGGCGUACAUUGCGCGGCAGAAGGAGGGACCAGACUUUACAAGGUUGGAGUGCUCGGAGGAUGCUAAGAAGCUUCUGACGCUGCUCCUCACCUACGACAAGGAGCCGCGCCCUUCCAUGCAGAGGGUUCUCA